AUAAACCAAAUCCAGACUUGUUGCUUCUGUUUUUGUCGUCGCUGUUGCUUGGUCACGGUUCUCCAGAACUCGAAGUUCGCAGUUAAAGAAAGUUAUUUUUCGGUGCCGCUUUUAGCCGCAGGCAUGGCCCAGAUUAACAGCUGCCUCAAGCGGACCUUCAUCGGGUUCAACUUGUUCUUCGCGUUUGUCGGAGUAAUCAUCCUCAGCCUCACUAUUUUUGCCCAAAUCGCCACCAGCGGUGAAGAUGACAACAUUGAGAACCGGAGCUACGGGCUCAUCUGCCUGUACAUCAUGGGAGCCGUCACCAUGCUGCUCGGCCUGCUGGGAGCCUACGGCGCAUACAAGGAGCACAAGAUCUCUCUGAUUGUGUUCCUGGUCUGCAUGGUCAUCGGGUCGUUGGUGAUGAUUCGAUCAGGAAUCCCUACCGCCGUUUUUCGUCCUCAGGUGGAGGGAUUCCUGGAGAAAAGGUUCAGGGACUUUCUGCCUCUCAACAUGGCGACGAUUCCACAGAAGCACUUUGUCGACAGCAUGCAGACUAAUUUGCACUGCUGCGGCCUGUUCAGCUACACAGACUGGAACGACGACAUCCCGUCCUCCUGCGAUUGCUCCUCUGAUUUGGAAGAGGAAUCCGACACAUGCAAGCUGGUCCUUGGCAUGAACCGCUACCCUUUUCUGAAGCAAAGCAAGUCCAUCUACAGUCAGCCAUGUUUCCCCAUCCUGAUGCAUUACGUCCUGCUGGUGGCCGACAUCUCACUGGGGGUCAUCUUCACUCUGGCUGCUCUGGCUGUUCUGGGCAUGAUUCUGUCCUCCAUCAUGAUCCACCAGCUGCGUUAUCCCAACAGAAGCACCGCCGUCCUCAACGUUCCCACCAUCUUCAUUCCAGGACCACCAAAGUACCAGGAGCUGCAAAACGAUCUGCCCCCUCCCUACUAAAUGAGCACUGCCACCUUUCUGUUAUGCUUCAGGAUGUUUUUCUUCUUCUGCCGUUUCUCUGACUGCUUCCAAAGUGCCUUUCAUUCCUCCAACAAGGGAGAAACUCUCCAGAGAUUACUCUGCACCAGCUUUGAAAGUUUUAUUUUUAAACCAUAUUUUACUCUUUUUUUUUUUUUUGUAUGUUUGGUUUUAAUCGUCUUUGAGAGUUUUAAGAAAAAUAAGAUAUUUACUUUCAUCUGUUUCUAAAUCAUCAUGCAAAAAAUUAUUUCAACAAGUUUGGUUUACUGUCGAGUAAUAAAAGUUGGGAAAAAGCCAUAAGAUAUUUUCAUCACAAAGAAGAGUUCUAACCUAAUUUAGGUUUUAUAUAUUAAACCUCUAGAUAUGCAGAUUUGUGUUUAAUCAAAAGCAACUUCCUUGCACACUUAAUGCUCCUAAAGGAGCUGUUUAAAUUUUAUUUUUAAUAACGAAGCUUAAAAAGUGACAACGAAUGUAGACGGAGUUCUGUUUGGAUUUAAAGGGAAAUAAAACUAUAAAAUAAAACGAUGUUUAUGGUGUUUACUGAUUAAAAAAAUUGUCUGACUACAUUAAAGCAAUUUGCAGCUCUGAAGCAUAAAUGGUUGUAAAAGCAAAAUGUUCUCAAAAACAUCGAGUCAAAAAUCUGCAAGAAAAAAAAUCUAAUCUAAAAACAAGAACCUUCCUGAAUUCUAAAAGUGAAAAAAAAAAACUAAAGGUUUUUUAGAUUAAUCUCAGAAAUCUUUGAAAGUUUUAAACUUUUAAAACUCAUAAAUUUCAAAGUUUUUCUUGGAAAUCUCAGCAUUGCUUGGCGUUAUCUAGCAAAUUCUCAACUUUUCAAGUUAAGAAUUGCCAUUGUUUUUCUAGAAAAAAUUUUCAGGCAAUUUUUUUGGCUUUUGGAGAUCAUAAAUUUUAAAAAAAUUAUCUAGAAAAUGUUUUAAAUCUCAAAAUUACUGAGCUUUUUUCCUCGCAAAUUUUCAGCAUUUAGACCUAAAAAAUGUCUUGAUUUUCUUUCUAGGAAAUUUAUUUUUAGAUUAAUCUUAAAAUUUAUGAGCCUUGCGUAUUAUCAGUGGUUAUGGUUAAUAAAGUAUGCAGCAGUGAGUGUGUGAGAAGAUAAAAAUGAUAAAGGACACAAAAUCACAAAUAUUUUAAUAUUUUUGUUCAAAUAUUAAAAAAAUUCAAAUGCCUGAUCUCAAAUCUUUUUAAUGAUAUGCAUGUUAAUGGGGGAAGUUUUCCCAGCAGAAAAAACCCAAAAUCCCAUGAUCUCUGUGUAUAUGGGUCAAAGUUUUCCGUACGUGACAUCCAAACCGGAUAUCCGUUGGGGUUGAUCUUGUUGGUUUUUCAAAUCGGGAACAGGGAAUUGGAAAUUCUGGUUUCAAACGUUCUCAAACAUCCAGAGGAGGAAGCAGCUGGUUUGGGGAUUAAUAAACAAAUCUGGGUCUGUUUCCUUAACCAUAGUAUGAGUUGUUGCUAUUAGGCAAACAUGAUAAAGUUCUGAACUGUAUGAUAAUGAGUGCUACUAAAGUUGGGCAGAAAUGGUUUUAUAACGCUAACAUUUUAAAGAAGAGUGCCAAAACAGCUGAAAACCAGUGAUUUAUUUACUUAUAGCGCCAUCUAGUGGACAGAAGACUCACAAGAGCGCUAAGAGGCCUUUUCUGAACUAAACAUUACUGAAAAAAUUUAAAUAAUGUAUGUAAAAACUCAGGUAUUUCAAAGAAAAACAUUGUAAUGGUAUGUCAUAACCAUGAGCUACAUUAAACAAUGUUCUUCUUCCUGAAAUGGGUUUCCAUAUAAACUGUAUUCUGUUAAAUCUGUGUUUAAAGUGUUUUAUCUGAUUAAGCACCAAAAUGCCAUGGAAACCUAUGAAAAAUGCAAUUAUCCAAGCACAGUUAGGGGGAAAAUUACUCACUCGGGUUUACCUUGUAUAAGAUGAGAGCAAAGACUGGAACACAGAGCAUCCUGACUUAGAUUUAGUACAUGUUUACACCCAAAAACAGAUGUGCAAAAAUAUUCACCAGACAGACUGAGAACUGACUUCUCCUUAUCUGCACUUCUUAUAACUGCAACUUGCUCAGACAACAUGAACUUAAAUUAUCCUUUACUAAAACAAUUAUUACUAAUUGUUAAAAGUAGACAUACUUCUACACUCUAAGUACAAUGUUCCCUGAAGGGAAAUGAACUUAACUGCUGAUUUUCUGUAGAUGGAUAAAUAUUAAGGUUUUUCAAGAUAUUAAAAAUUAUUUUAGAUGUCUGGUUUGCAGUUUUUCCGCCAUCAACCUUGACUUUUCAUAGAAAAAUCUUUAGCUGUAGCAAAUAAAGAAAUCUUUGGGAUAUUUAAGCAUGAAAAGUUGGUUUUAGCCCUUACCAACAUUCAUAUUUUCCCCCAAUUAAUAACUCGUAUAAUUUUGAAAAUGCCGAUUUCUAUCCUUUAACUUUAUUCCGGUCGCUCGCCAAAUCUUAGGGUAAUUUUUUUGUUACACCAUCGGCAGCCAUUUUGUUUUUCUUUUUUCAGCGACGGCAGGAACAAACCAAUAUCGAUUCUUAUAAUUAUAUCUUAGUUUACGGAUAAAAGUAAAAGCUAAAAUGUUUUGUUAAUCGAAAAUGCAUGUUUAUGAAAUAUAAUUAUUUUAAACAAACAAGUUUUUAAAGAGUUUUUCAGUGAUAGAACAAAGGCGCGGGCGCAUUUUAGCACUUAAGCUAGCAUAGCUGUAAAGGUAAGUUGAGUUUUAAUUUUACAUUAGAAUAAAACAUUUUUUUUCGUAUUUCUUGCUGAAAAAAAUGUCAUGCCUGUAAGUUUUGUUUUUUUACAUUUUAUCGGGCUCAUAAAGGGCUAGUUGAUAACCGUUACUUCAAUCAAAAUGAAGUAUUUAUCGAUUUUCUUUAAUGAUUAAAAUAUUUCCAACACCAGAAAAUGAUGCCGUUAUUGAAGAUUUCUCCUCCCCUUCCUUCUCUCUCCCCUCUCCCAUCGCCAGCCUCCACCUGAGCGUCAUCUUUCCUCAUUAUCUCCCAGACACGGAUGAAAAGAACCCGUCUCAGUUCGGAGCCGCCACCGCCUCCACCACCACCUCAGACCGGCUGUUCCUCCGUCGCUCAGGCCGCUGCAAGAGGACACUGCAGGGCGGGGAACGAGCGGUAGGAGCCCCGGCGGCGGUGCUACGACGGCUGCUCUCAGCGUAAACAAGCCUCUUCUGCUGUCCUUGAUGUUCCUUGACAGCGCGAAGAGGAGCUUCAGAGAGGCAGUUUGUUUGAAUCUGACCCUCAGAAAGGCAGCAUGAACCGCAGCAGAGGAAGAGGAGAAGGUGGCUUCUUCACCAUGUUUUUCUCGCUGUGUUUAAUUUGGACACAGCUGCUGAUCCCAGAGUAUUUCGCUGGCGGUCCGUUCCCGACUCACCGUCCGGGUCGCCACACUCUGAUCGCUCAGAGAGAUGCGAAUGAGCUGCCAGAGUCUCGUUCCCACCUCCACCUUCAUCGCCACCACCACCAGAACCAGCACCAGAACCAGAACCAGCACCCGGCCCGGUCAACCCGGCCCGAGUCUCGGCUUCAGCAGGAACUCGGCGCCCGGCAGAGCUUGGACCUGCUGGAGCAGCUGCAUCAGGAUGUGGAGCCGGACCACUUCGGCUGGCGUGUUGUACCCGGGGAAUAUGUGGUUACCAUGUACUUGGCUGUGGGAGUGAGGAGGCUGAACAUCAGUCACCUCCUGUGGUUCCGGGACGGCGUGGCGGCGGCGCUCGGUGUCGCUCCUCAACACGUUCACAUCAACAAGCUGAAUGCCAGAAACGGCAUCGAGCUCUUCGUCUCCUCUGAGAGGCGGGACGUCUUCGAGCUGCGCCCUGCGAAGGAGAUUGUCCAAUCACUGAACCGCAGCGUCCUUCAUCACCAUCUGGCCGACUUCAGCAUCACGGCGGUCAAACCGGAGUGCUGCAGAAACAUCCCAGACUCUUCGCCUUCGUCUCCGAAGAAAAACGUCCUGCAGGACGAUCAGAGGGAUCACGCAUGGAGCAGAGAUGGCCUCUACAACAUCGUCCUCUUCUUCACCUUCUUCCUCAUCAUCAUCACCUGUCUAAUGGUUUUGUACCGAAUGAAGCAGAAAGUUCCCGUUACUGAGAAGCAGCUCAAAGCUCCGCCCCCCGACCACGUCGUGAGCCUGACCCUCCCCUCCGACCCCCACAAGAGGUCAAAGGGCACCAAGGUUGUGACGUCAGAAAGCAUGGUCCAAUCUGAGCUCCCGCCAGCUGCAGCCACGCCCACUCACCAGCAGCAGCCAAUCAGAGCCUGCCGCCGCCUCGCUCCUCCUGUCGUCCCUCUGCCCAGCCCCGUCCCUGUGCCAAUCAUCAACACCGACAGCCACCCCCCGCCAACGAGCGUUCCCCCGGUAACAGGCGCUAACGAGCUGAAACCUUGCCCCUCCCCCUUCAGGAUGAAACCGGCUGCAGGCCUGCAGGAGAGACGAGGCUCUAACGUGUCCCUGGUGCUGGACAUGUCGGCUCUCGGAUCGGUGGAACCCCUCAAUGUUUCCGUGGUAACCCCCAGAGAGACGGCGGCCCGAGAGUACCUGCUGUCGGCCGGACGACCGCUGACACGGCAACAGCUUCGUGACGUCGUCAGCAACACGCACAAGCUGCACGUCGAGUUCGCUGAAAUCCCGAUGAAUUUUAUCGACCCCAAGGAGCUGGAUAUCCCAAACCACGGCACUAAGAACAGAUAUAAGACCAUUCUGCCCAAUCCUCACUCCAGAGUGAUCCUGAAGUCAAAGAGCUGCAAUGAUCUUCUGAGUUCCUACAUCAAUGCCAACUACAUAAGGGGUUACCUAGGCGACAGCAGGGCCUUCAUCGCCACUCAGGGCCCCAUGGUGAACACGGUGAACGACUUCUGGCAGAUGGCGUGGCAGGAGGAGUCGCCCGUCAUCGUCAUGAUCACCAAGCUGAAGGAGAAGAACGAGAAGUGUGUCCUGUACUGGCCGGAGAAGAGGGGGAUCUACGGGAAGGUGGAGGUUCUGGUGAACGGCAUCAGGGAGUGUGAGCACUACGCCACCCGCAGCCUCACGCUGAAGUGCGGGAAUCAAACCCGCGUCCUGCAGCAUUACUGGUACACAUCGUGGCCCGACCACAAAACCCCGGACUCGGCGCUGCCGCUGCUGCAGCUCAUGGCUGAUGUUGAGGCUGAGAGACGCACCGCCGCCUGCGUGGGGCCCGUCAUCGUCCACUGCAGUGCUGGGAUUGGCCGGACGGGAUGCUUCAUCGCCACGACGAUAGGCUGCCGGCAUCUGCAGGUGGAGGGGGUGGUGGACGUGCUAAACAUCACCUGCCAGCUCCGAGCCGACAGAGGAGGUAUGAUCCAGACAGGUGAGCAGUACGAGUUCGUGCAUCACGCCCUGAGUCUGUACGAGGCGCGGCUGUCGGCUGAAUCCGGCCAGUGAGCGCCUGCCGCCCUCCGACCUCCGACCUCGGCUGUUUACAGAAACGCCUCAUGAGCUUUGGAAGUUCUCUGCCACCAGGGGGAGACUCUGAGACUGAAGGCUGAUUAUAGUGAGCAGAGACUGGAGAAGAAAAGAGGGGAAGGUAAACUUCAACACUCGGGAUGUACCCCUUCUUCUUCUUCUCUUUUUUUUUUUGGCGUUCGAUGGACUUCUGUCGCCCAGCCGACUUUGGAUGGUUUUUAAAGAAACUGACUGGACACGUCUCUCUGUGUCUAAUAGGAUUUUAAAUUCUUUUGUAAUGUGACGUUCUUCUCAGAAAACUAUUGGAAAAUGACUGUUACCUGGUUUAGCUGUAGCUGCUGUGGAAAUAUUUAUCCCUGUUUUUGCAGUUUACUCUGGAAUUUCAUCACAUGGAAAUCGUCUUGUUUAACAACAGGGUUUACAAUGAGAAAUGUUUUACAUUUUUGGCAUCUUUUAUCAUGUUUAUGUUCUUUCCCUUUUAAAAAUCCAAGUGGGAAAUUGACAGAAUAUUAUUCGAAACACGUCCAGGAUUUUACGAUAAUCAUUAAGUUGCCAGACAAUCCAAACCAUCGUUAAACCAUCUGAAAAUAUAGAAGUGAAUGAGUUCAAAUUUAACUUGUGUAAACGUUUUUGUGUUUAAAUGCUUGUUAAAAUAU